AUGUCUACCCUUGACCUCAUCACCAAAUAUACCCAAACAGCUCUAUCUCACCUCCCAGAGCCUACCCAACAUUUCUUCCGCAAUUCAACAACCCAAAAGGCCCUCGGUGUUUUCGUCGGUCUCGCUCUCCUCCGAGCCACAAACCGUUUCCUUUCAAAACGUGCCUUACAAAAUUGGACAUCCAAUCAACCAUGGAUUGCAGCCCGCGAGCUCAUUUUGCUCACUGGCGGCUGUAGCGGAAUCGGUAAACAGGUUAUGGAAGACCUAGCGAGCACAGGUGUGCGUGUGGUCAUUCUCGAUAUUAAUGAGCCGAAUUUCACACUACCCGCCAACGUCUCUUUUUACAAGGCGAAUAUCACUUCCUCGGCUGAUAUUGCCGAUGUUGCGCGCACAAUCCGUGACAAUCACGGUGAGCCUACGGUUUUGAUCAAUAAUGCUGGUGUUGGACACGAUGGGACGAUCCUUGAUGAGCCCGAGGAGAAAAUUCGUCAGACCUUCGAGGUUAAUACCCUCUCUCAUUUCCUUAUGGUUAAGGAGUUUUUGCCGGCUAUGGUGAAGGCAAAUCAUGGCCAUGUGGUUACUCUUGCUAGUAUGGCAAGCUUUGUGGCACUUGGUGAGAUGGUGGAUUAUUGUUGCACCAAGGCUAGUGCGCUUGCUUUCCAUGAGGGACUGCGUCAGGAAUUGAAGCAUUGGUAUAAUGCGCCUAACGUGCGCACUAGUAUUAUUCACCCCUGGUGGGUACGUACGCCUAUGAUCAAGAUGCUCACUGAACACGAGGGGCAAUUUGAUCAGCCUGUCAUGACUACCCAGGUCGUCUCGGAUGCUAUCUGCAAGCAGAUCUUGACCCAGAGUAGUGGUCAGAUUAUCUUGCCUGCUCGUCAGUCUGUGGCUAGUUGGGUGCGUGGUAUGCCUACUUGGAUGCAGGAGGCUGUACGCACGUUUGCAUCGAGUGCGUUGAUCAAGAUGCGCGUUGCUCAGAAGGCAUAUGAGGCAAAGGUGCAAUAG